UUGAGAUUAGUUAGAAAAAUUAUAUAGAUUGGUUGAACUUAAAGGAUAAAGGAUAAGUUAUUUACAUAGCUUUUGGUAGUUACUCCAAAAUAUCAAGUCAAUUGAUGGAGGAGAUUGGUCAAGGAUUGCUAAAAUGUGGAAGACCAUUUUUGUGGGUGAAUAGAGAAAGGAAAGAUGGAGAUAAGAUGGAGGACAAAUUGAGUUGCAAAGACGAACUUGAAAUGCAGGGGAAGAUAGUAAGCUGGUGCUCACAAGUGGAAGUUCUAAAACACCCUUCUCACUAUGGAUGGAAUUCGACAUUGGAGAGUAUAGCAUCUGGGGUACCUAUCGUGGUAUGUCCGCUCUGGAAUGAUCAAGUUUGUAAUGCAAAAUUCAUUCAAGAUAUUUGGAAGAAUGGUGUUAGACUUAAUGUUAGUGAAGGUGGUGUUGUGGAAAGAUAUGAGUUCAGUAGAUGUAUCGAGAUCGCGAUGGGAGGCAACAAAGAAGGGAAAGAAUUGAGAAGAAAUGCCAAGAAAUGGAGUGAUUUAGCUAAGGAAGCUAUGAAGGAAAAUGGUACAUCAAGUGUGAAUCUCCAGGCUUUUGCUAAUGAGAUUUUACUUGGUCAUAAUGAGUACUAA